ACGGGGAAACCUCAGGCACAAAAAUCACCAGCGCUGAGAGGGACGUGUCCCGAGCCACCUUGAUCUCGCAGGCUCUUCGCGAUGAGGCCUCCAGUGUUCCUGCUCGUCCCUUUGCUGUGCCUGGCCAGAGCGGCUCCGCAAGAUGGCCAAGAGGAGGUGCCCUUCGCAACAGCCGAGGACCUGGACCAGAGCGAAGUGAUCCCGGAGCUGUUGGACUUGGAGCAAAGGCCCGUUGCCCCCUUCCUGGUCCGUGGAGCGCCUUGGGCUGGGGCGGACGUGCUGCAUGCCAAAGUCGAAGGCCCUGGUCUCACCACCUGCGGCGACGGCCCCUCCUGCCAGGUCCAGCCCUGGGGUCACAACCUGGAUGACUUCCCACCGGGCCGCCCCAGCGCCAGCAACAUUGACAACAUCUGCCUGGAGGGGAGGAAGAAGGCGUCGUACGGGCCCACGAACCUGCCCCAGACAGGGUUCUCCCACCUCAAGCGCCAAGGUGAUGCCCUCAACUUCCUGGAGGCCAGCCGGGAGCGGUGCUGCCCUCGGCCUGAGCGUCUGAGCUGCAUGGAGAGCGCGUGGAAGGAAGCCCUGGAGCAAUUCUGCGACCACGAGUUCACCGUGAAGACCAAACCCUACCAUUGCUGCAAGCGGGCGGGCGCCGACCGGGAGCUGUGCUUCACCAGCGAGGCCCCGAACCCCGGCUACCUGCCUAUCGACGCCAGCGCCGUGCCCCCCCAGAUCCUGCCCGCCCAGCCCGGCGCCAGGCUGGGGCCCAGGCUGCCUGAGGUCUCCUUCCCGCCCGGCGAGCCCACCUCCAGCAACAUCAGGAACAUCUGCAGGCUGCGCAAGUUCCGGCCCGUCCACGCGCCCAGCGCCAUCCCCACCACGGGCUACAGCUGGCUCCAGCACCAGGCCCGCACCACCACCCGCAUGGAGAGCGACUUCAGGAAGUGCUGCAAGAAUGAGAACGUCAACUGUGCUCACAUUGCGUGGGAGAAGGCCCUGGCUCAGUUCUGCAAGCUGGAGCUGUCCAUGAAGACCACACCCCACAAGUGCUGCAAACAGACUGAAGGCAAGGCCAGGUUUAGCUGUUUCUCCAGCCAGGCCCCAAACCCGGCCUACGACAAGGAGAUCCAGGCUGUCAGCCUGGGAGAGGUGACCCCAGAGCUCCUGGAUAUGCUGUGCGGGGAAAUGAAGCUCUUCACCAAACAGAAACCAAUCCCAGACUUGAUCCAGAACAUGACGGAGCCUUGCUGCAGCCUAAAGGGUGAGGAGAGGACCCAGUGCGCAGAGAAAGAGAAAGCCCGUUCCAUCGCCGCCCUGUGCACCACCCAGAAGGACUCCUGGAAGGAUAAGGAACAGUGCUGCUCCCAGGAGGAGGGGGGGGACAGAACCUACUGCUUCAAUGCCAACUACCUGGACAGCAUCUUCCUGGCCAGCACGGGCCCGGGGCAGGUCCCCAGUGAGCCGAGUCCGGCGGUGUAAAAGGACAGAAAGAACCAGAACUGUCUCCCUCGCGCUCUCGUGUAUCAUUGAGCCCCCUUCUCCUCCACGCUCCCCCCAGCUGUUUCCAAUUCCGAGCUAGGUGGCAGCUGGACGUUGCUAUCCUGGCCUUCGCUCUCUAAGAAUGUGAGCCCCAGUCUUGGUGACGAGAUGCUGGAGGGAUUCCGCCAGCGCUUGGCUCCCUUCUGGAUUGCGUUUUAACGCCGAUCCCCCGGGCCCUGGCUCCAGCUGUGUUUCUCUGACCUCGAGGCAGCCAGCCCGAAGCUUCCUUGUCCGUGCUCCAAUCCCCAUCCCUGGGGGUGGCAGCAACAGAUGAGCCCAGGUUCUUGUGUCCCAUCCCCCCAGCCCUGUAUCCUGCCUGACCCCCCAGCCACGCCUCCGCCCGGCUGCAACCUGUGGCCUUCUCUUCUGCAACACGUAUGCAAAAGGCACUUAAUGCGGGUUGAUUCCUUCACGGAAACAGGAGAGCAAGGAGGGUUUGAGAUGGGAGCUGAGUGGGUGGGUUUGGCUGCACCUAACAGCCAGUGCCCCCUACUGGCCGGCUUGGAGCUUUUCGGCGGCGAGAUGCAGCCAUCCGGGCGGCUGGCUGGCGGCUCUCUCGGCACGUGAUACAAAGCAGCAGGCUCCAGCUCUGGCUGGAAUCUGCGCUCUGGGGUCCUGGGAGCUGAUUCCAAGCAGGGCGCCCAAGGGGAGCUGCAGUUUAUGUGGAUUCAGCAUGAACCAGCCGGUCGGUCUCCUGGAAGAGCCUGGGGUUGGGGUUUUGUGCAGACCAAGCUGGGCGAGAAGCAGGGAGUUGGGGAGCGACAGAGGGGACUAAACACCUGACCUGCUUCUCCUGUGGGCAGCUGGCCCUGUGGCCUCUGCCCCAGGGGCAGCGUAGCUGGGAGAGUCCCUUUGCCCUUUAUCCAAUUUGCAGCCCUGGGGGGAUCCCUUCACCCCCCCACUCUGUGCAGUGGGGGGCCCUGUUCAGCAUUCUCCGCUAGUGCCCGAGCUGGCUUUGGGGGUACGCAGGGCAGCGGGAUCCUGAUCUCCCGCUUCUGGUGGCUCUGUUGUGUCCCCUUGCACUUGCAAGCUGUGUUUGUACCUUAGCCCGGAGACUGUAUCAACUCUUCUCUGCCAAAGGCUCUAGGGAGAUUCCUAAUAAACCUUUUUGAUGAACAA